CAGCCCUUCGCAUGGCGCCCAGGCCCCGCCUGCAGGUGCCUGCACCCACCUACCCUCUCCACGGACCCGGGCAGGCGCCCUGGGGCCUCUCGGCGCAGCGCAUCGCGUCCCGCGCCGCCCACGCCCCAUCAGGACCAGGGCGGGACUCCCACGCGGUGCUGCUCCAGCGCGUCGUUCUCCCGUCUCGCGCUUCGGCUCCCAAGACACGGCCAGGAGGCCCCCGCGGCCCCUUACUCGCAGAACCGCGGGAGGGUUAAGCCCCUCACCGUGCCGACGCGGACACUGAGGCCCAGGGAGGGAAUGGGGGUUUCCUGAGGUCGUCCAUUUCGGAGUUCUCUCUCCCUUAUUCUGUCUUCCCAAACAUACACCUGUGUCCCUCACGCCAGCUUGACACCCGUUCUUCUUCCAAACUCAUUGGCCUUUCAUUCUCCUCCAACCACCCAUCCUUCUCCAGCUCGGCAUUUCCAUCUGCCCACUUCUCAAAUCCAUUCCCUUAUCAUCAUUUAUAUGUCCCUGCAAGCUUUUUGCCCUUCUGGUAGCCCUCCUCUCCCUAACUCACUUCCCAGGCCUCUCCCAGCUCAGACACAACUCCCAUUCUCUGAUCCAUGAUCCAUCCUAACCCUUUUAACUCCUCAGCAUUGCCUGCUCUCUCUACACGUUCCCUACAUUGAGUGUUGAGAAACCGUUGAGUGAGUUGAUUUAAAAUUCUGUUUAAAUGAUUUCUAAAAUCUUCAGAAGGAAAAAAAAAAAAGGAGGAAGGAGAUUUGGUCCUUUCAAAAGAUGUGGAAGAAGCCAGGAGAUGCCACAAGGUUAAAAACGGUCAUUGGAGUGAUUCACACUUGAGUGCUGUCUCCUGAGGUGGGCAUGAGCAUGGCCACUGACCUUGUUUUCUUCUCAGUGGACAAUGAGUGUUAGUACUUUGUGCAGAGAACCAGUGAAGCUGAGAGGACAACCUGUUGGCAAAAUGUCACAAGUGGGUAAUAGUAAUAAUAGAGUCUAAACUUCAGACUAGUGACAUGUAGGGUUGCUACAAAUCCAGAAGACAAAGUUGUGGUCAGAGACUGGGGUUUGUUUGUGUUGGGGCAAUAGCCACAAAAUAGAAUUGAGGUUGCCUGCCUGGGUUGAUAACCAGAAAUUCAGAGAAGUCUAGAUAGCAAGGUGAAACAGAGAGGGGGAUGAAGGGAGAUUGGGUGUUCCAGGGCUUAUAAUGAACAUGAGAGAAUAGGCAGGUACAGCAUAGACAUGAGUUUGUGGGAGGAUGGGGUGGGUGGGGCCCCAUACAUCAGCACAACUGGGAAUGAAUGGCUUGGAGCCAUUCUGCCUGUCUUGAGGGUGGCUGAGCAGAUGAAGCAGGUAGACCAGAGCUGUGUUGGUGCAGGGAUAGGGGCCCCAGAGUGAGCUAAGAAGGUAAAGUCAUGCUAACUUAUUUGUCAUAAUAUUUAUUUUUUUAAAAGAUUUUAUUUUAUUUAUUAGAGAGAGAGAAACAGCAUGAAAGGGGAGAGGGUCAGAGGGAGAAGCAGGCUCCCCAAUGAGCUGAGAGCCCGAUGUGGGACUCCAUCCCAGGACUCUGGUAUCAUGAACUGAGCCGAAGGCAGACCGUUUAACCAACUGAGCCACCCAGGCGCCCUGUCAUAAUCUUUAAAUAGAGUUUUGAAUGAUGAUACGAAGUUUAGGUUUGGCCCAUAUGGAGCACAUGUCUAAGUAAGAAAGAAAGGAGCCAUUUUGAAACAUGUUGUACAUGUCAGUUGCUUCCACAUAUGUUAUCUCAUUUAAUUCUGUCAACAAGCCUGGUUGUUGGUGUUUACAGAUGAGGAAAGUGAUGCUCAGGGCAAGUAACUUACUCAAGAUCAUAGAGCUGAGGCUGACUCCUAUCUCACGCGGUUCGCUGUCCCGCAGACAUACAAUUACUCUGUCCUCCUUGUGGAUCCUGCUUCCCAUAUACUUUAUGUUGGCGCCCGGGACACCAUCUUCGCUUUAUCCCUGCCCUUCUCAGGGGAGAGACCCCGCAGGAUUGACUGGAUGGUGCCUGAGGCCCACAGACAGAACUGUAGGAAGAAAGGCAAGAAGGAGGACGAAUGUCACAAUUUUGUCCAGAUUCUCGCCAUUGCCAAUGCCUCUCACCUCCUCACUUGUGGCACCUUCGCUUUUGAUCCGAAGUGCGGGGUUAUUGAUGUGUCCAGUUUCCAGCAGGUUGAAAGACUUGAGAAUGGCCGGGGGAAAUGUCCUUUUGAGCCAGCUCAGCGGUCAGCAGCUGUAAUGGCUGGGGGUGUCCUCUAUGUCGCCACUGUGAGAAACUACUUGGGGACGGAGCCGAUUAUCUCCCGGGCUGUGGGUCGUGCCGAGGACUGGAUUCGGACAGAGACCUUGCCGUCCUGGCUUCACGCCCCAGCCUUUGCUGCAGCCGUGGCCUUGAGCCCAGCCGAGUGGGGGGAUGAAGACGGAGAUGAUGAGAUCUACUUCUUCUUUACGGAGACUUCCCGAGCAUUUGACUCAUAUGAGCGCAUUAAGGUCCCACGGGUGGCCCGUGUGUGUGCGGGGGACCUUGGGGGCCGGAAGACCCUCCAGCACAGAUGGACGACAUUUCUGAAGGCUGACUUGCUAUGUCCAGGGCCUGAGCAUGGCCGGGCCUCCAGCAUCCUGCAGGACGUGGCCAUUCUCCGACCUGAGCACGGAUUGGAGACCCCCAUCUUUUACAGCAUCUUUUCCUCCCAGUGGGAGGGGGCGGCCAUCUCUGCUGUCUGUGCCUUCCGACCACAGGACAUUCGGACAGUGCUGAGUGGUCCCUUCAGAGAGCUGAAACAUGACUGCAACAGGGGACUGCCUGUCAUGGACAACGAUGUACCCCAGCCCAGGCCUGGAGAGUGCAUCAACAACAACAUGAAGCUCCAGCAGUUUGGCUCAUCACUCUCCCUGCCUGAUCGUGUGCUCACCUUCAUCCGGGACCACCCCCUUAUGGACAGGCCAGUGUUUCCAACGGAUGACCAUCCCCUGCUCGUCACUACGGAUACAGCCUAUCUCAGAGUUGUGGCCCACAGGGUGACCAGCCUCUCAGGAAAAGAGUACGAUGUGCUCUACCUGGGGACAGAGGACGGACACCUCCACCGAGCAGUGCGGAUUGGAGCCCAGCUCAGCGUCCUGGAGGAUCUGGCCUUAUUCCCGGGGCCACAGCCAGUUGAGAGUAUGAAAUUGUAUCAAAGCUGGCUCCUGGUGGGCUCCCGUACCGAAGUGACACAAGUGAGCACAACCAACUGUGGCCGUCUCCAGAGCUGCUCAGAGUGCAUUCUGGCCCAAGACCCUGUCUGUGCCUGGAGCUUCCGGCUGGAUGCAUGUGUGGCCCACGCUGGGGAGCAUGGAGGGCUGGUCCAAGACAUAGAGUCAGCAGAUGUCUCUUCUUUGUGUCCCAAAGAGCCUGGAGAACGCCCAGUAGUGUUUGAAGUUCCCGUGGCUACAGCAGCACAUGUGGUCUUGCCAUGUUCCCCAAGUUCAGCAUGGGCAUCCUGUGUGUGGCACCAGCCCAGUGGAGUGACUGCACUUACCCCUCGGCGGGAUGGGCUAGAGGUGGUGGUAACCCCAGGCGCCAUGGGUGCUUAUGCCUGCGAAUGUCAGGAGGGUGGGGCGGCCCGUGUGGUAGCUGCUUACAGUUUGGUGUGGGGCAGCCAGCGGGCCCCCCCAAGUCAGGCCCACACAGUGGGGGCUGGACUGGCCGGCUUUCUCCUGGGGGUUCUUGCAGCAUCCCUGACUCUCCUUCUGAUCGGUCGGCGUCAGCAGCGACGGCGACAGAGGGAACUUCUGGCUAGAGACAAGGUGGGCUUGGACUUAGGGGCCCCACCGUCUGGGACGACGAGCUACAGCCAGGACCCUCCCUCACCUUCUCCUGAAGAUGAACGGCUGCCCCUGGCCCUGGCCAAGAGGGGCAGUGGCUUUGGUGGCUUCCCUCCACCCUUCCUGCUCGAUCCUUGCCCGAGCCCAGCCCACAUUCGGCUUACUGGGGCUCCUCUAGCCACAUGUGAUGAAACGUCCAUCUAGGGCAAGUGACCACUAGUGCACAGGUGACUGCUGGAGGGGGACGACCAUCGAGAUGCUGGGGGUACUGGGCCUGGAAGACGGUCAUGGGCUCUGAGUUCUCUUUGAUCUUUGCGUCAUCCCUUAGACUUCUGUGUCUGCCCUCUUGGGACCUGGCUGGGCUCGGGGCCAAGCCUGUGCUUGAUUUCCUGAUUCCCAUGAGAGACCAGAGCUACUGUCUCCAGUGAAUCAGGACUUUUCCCACCUCUGACCUCUGAACCGCUGCGACCCCUUCAGCCUUGGCCUCCUCUCUUCGGGGAUGGGGUAUAGGACAUAGCUCUGACUUUGUCUUCUGGUAGGCCCUGGCCGGAAGGAAGAGCACUAGAGUUGGUGGGGGGCUAGUGUGCAUUAAGUCCUUUUGUUCAUUCUCUUAGUUUAUCGGAUUCUCUGUGGGGAGUGCAUGAUCCCCGUGUUGCAACAUGAAAUCUCUGCCCUGAGAUGUCUCCCAACCCAGUUAGUUGCCCUUCUUCCAUGAAAGAGUGUGUGUCAAUAUGCACGUGUUUGUGGGAGUCCUGGCCACAUGUGCAUGCAUGACUGGGCCAGUGCUCUGGUGUACCCCUGGGGGGUCAGGCCCGGUGCUCGGGUGUACCACUGGGGGGUCAGGCCCAGUGCUCAGGUGUACCCCUGGGGGGUCAGAUGGGGGAAGAUGGGAAUGAGGCAUUGCCUGCAGAACUUCAGACCCUGUAGCCAGUGAAGGAAUGGUUUUCCUUUCUAAAAGGAAACAAACCACCACCCCGUCCCCAUCACCUCCCACAACCCUUCUCUUGAGUAGAGGAAAAACUCCCAAAGUGACCUUUUGGGUGGGAGGGACAACGGUACACAUGACCCCAUCAUUUUCUUUGUUUUUGCCUCCCGGCUGCCACCACUGCCACACACAGCUGUUCUUUCUCUGGCUGGAGUAUAGGCUGGAACCCCCUUCUUCGGCUCCCGUUAAAAAAACUUUACAACAUUCUAAGUAUUAAGGGACAACAAAAGGGGAACAGUCAUAGGAAAUACAAGUUGCAUAAAAAUAGGUUUGUAUCAGUGACUUUACUCAGGUUGACACCCUUGCCCUAAGUCAGAAGUUCUCCACCUGGGGUCCAUGGACUCCCUGAAAUCGAUGCAAAAUGUUGUCUGUACAUGUGUGUCUGUAUUUUUAUGGGGGAUGGGGUGGGUGGGUAUGGCUUUCAUCAGCUUCUCAAGGCCUUAACAAAGCUAAAGGACCAUGCCUCGAGGUCGCCACCCAGUGGUCACGCUGAGGGAGUGCCAUUCACGGCAGUUCUUCCUGCCCCACCAUCCGUUCCCUGUGGUCAGCCUCUGGACUCACAGCCGCUGGAUGCCCUCUUGUUUCUCCGGUCUCUGGAAGCUGGGCUCUGUGUGUAUUUGAAGAUACUAUCAACUCCUACCAAACAUAAAGACCUCUUCCUGCUUCACAGCUCCCAGAUGCUCUAGGAGUCUCCUGCUCAGUUCUGGUCUUGCCCUGUGUAUGUGCCUCGUUCAUCCCUGGUAAGGGACCCCCUUGGGCUCCAGUGAAUGAUCCAGCCCUUCCAAGUUGAAGUUUUCAGCUCUACUUUCCUUGGCAGCAGCCUGUGAACUAUUCAAAAGAGUCCCCUUGGGCUUGGAAUUACCAGUGGCUUUGCCACUAAUAUGUAUAUGAUUUUCAGCAAGUAAUCUAAGUAGGAACACUGGUUUACUCAUCUGUAAAGUGGGGAUAGUAAUACCUACCUCAGGGUUGCUGCAAGGAUUGAAUGGGAAAACAUGUAAACAAUAAAGCACUAUCUAUACCAGUA